AUGUUCAUUCUUCUGGCAUUAUUGGCCGUCUCGCAGUCCAAAGUAUAUUUCCACGAGGACUUUGCGAACAAAGACAAGUGGAUAGACUCGACUUCCUCAGGGAAGACACUUGGGCAGUUUAAAUUAGCCCGUGGGAAGUGGUAUGGUGAUGAGAACAAUCAAGGUCUUCAAACAUCUGAAGAUAAUAAGUUCUACAUAGCUGCCGCCAAGUUAGAUGAGGAAUUUGGCAAUGAAAACAAAACUACAGUCAUUCAGUAUAACAUUAAGUUUGAACAGAACAUUGAUUGUGGAGGAGGAUACAUCAAGUUGAUUCCAAAGAGUGCUAUUGAAUCAGAGGAGAAAUUCACCCCAGACUCAAACUACAAUAUUAUGUUUGGCCCAGAUGUCUGCGGCUCUUCUAAGAGAACACACGUCAUCAUGAGUUACAAGGGAAAGAAUCAUUUGAUCAAGAAAGAAAUCAAGUGCGAGUCAGAUGAGAUCUCUCAUUUGUACACUUUGAUUGUUAAGCCCGAUAACACUUACGUUGUCAAGAUCGACGGCGUUGAGAAGCAAAAGGGUUCAUUUGCUGAUGACUGGGAUAUGCUCCUUCCAAAGGAAAUUGAAGAUCCAAAGAUCUCGAAGCCAUCGGACUGGGUCGAUGAGAAGGAAAUCGAUGAUCCAGAAGAUAAGAAACCAGAAGGAUGGGACGACAUUCCAAAAACUAUUGUCGAUCCUAACGCUAAGAAACCAGAAGAAUGGGACGACGAAGACGACGGAGCUUGGGAAGCACCAACUAUUGAAAACCCAGCAUAUAAGGGUGAAUGGAAGCCUAAGAAGAUCCCCAACCCAGCUUAUAAGGGAGAAUGGGUCCAUCCAAAGAUUGCUAACCCAGACUAUGUAUAUGACGCUAAUCUGUAUAAGUUUGAAAAUUUCAAGUACAUCGGAAUUGAUGUCUGGCAAGUCAAGUCUGGAACUAUCUAUGACGAUAUCUUGAUCACCGAUAACGAGACUGAAGCCGAGGAACAAGCCAAAGUCAUCUUGGAAAGAAACAAAAAGGAAAAGGCUAUGAGAGACGAAAUCAAGGAAAAGGAAAGAAAGGAGGCUGAAGAAAAGAAGAAGAUUGAAGACGCUAAAAAGGCUGAAGAAGAGGCCAAGAAGAAGGCUGAGGAAGAAAAGAAAGCCGAAGAAGAGAAGAAGGAAGAGCCAAAGAAAGAACCAACUCCAGAAGAAAUUAAAAACAAAGAGGAGCUUUAA